AUGGCCCUAAUGGAGAAGGAGGGGGCAGGUCUCGUGUUUGAAGAUCCAACCCCAAACGCCCAGAAACGUCACAGAUGGGUGGCGGUGGGGAAGGUUUGCUCGCCGCGGCCUCUGAAGAUGUCUGUGCUAGAGAAAACGAUGCCGAGGGCGUGGGGGUUGCACCGAGAAGCGAAGAUCAGAGAGAUUGGCCCUAAAAUCAUAUCUGUCCAAUUUGGGAGCGAGGGCGACUGGAGACAUGUCCUCAUUAAUGGUCCAUGGCAAUAUGAUUUUGCUGUUUUGGUGAUGAAGGACUAUGAAGGCGACAAGAGGCCCUCGGAGAUGAUAUUCGACAAGGUGGAUGUGUGGGUCAGGGUGUCCGAUCUACCACCUGACAAGAGGACAGAAGUUUUUGGGAGGGCGCUGGGGAAUUGGCUGGGUGAAACCAUUAAGGUCGAUGUGGACAGGGAAGGCGUGGCACGUGGAAACCAACUUCGAGUUCGUACUAAGAUUUCUAUGAUUGAGCCACUGGUUAGAGGUUUCUACCUAAAGAAAAAGAAUGAUGAUCAGGAGAGGACUUGGUUUGAGUUUACCUAUGAGAAGAUCCCUCAUUUUUGCUUCGACUGUGGAAGGCUGGUUCAUGCAAAUGGUAUAUGUGUUCCCCUGGUUGAAUAUGCAGCUCAAUGGGGCAGUUGGCUGCGGAAUGACUCGAGGAUAACCGCGCCAAGCAAGGAAGGAGUGGCCAGCGCACCUGUAAGCAGUGGCAAUAGCAUGGGCAACUCUCGCGUCGGGGAUGCAUCCGAUGGUACAGACCAGCAACCCAAGGUGAGGGAUCUACCUACCAAAAGAAACCUGGGCACCGAGUUCUCCCGUUCUGCUAAAAAUUGCACUGGCGAUAAGCAGGGUAAUUGCAGGGAGGAGGUUAGGAGCCCGUGUAAGGACAUGCACAGCCAUGGAGUGUCAACGGAUCGGGACCUUCGGGACGAGCUGGAAUCUAGGCGUAAGCAUGAUCUUCGAACAAAGCUGAUGGACUAG